AUGGAGGCCAGACCCUCGGGUCCAAAAGAUGUGGAAAGCGUGGAUCUGGGAGAGAUCAUGUUCUCCUUGUGCUACCUGCCCACAGCGGGCCGGCUCACCCUCACAGUGAUCAAAUGUCGGAACCUCAAGGCAAUGGACAUCACAGGCUACUCAGAUCCAUAUGUCAAAGUGUCCCUGAUUUGUGAUGGACGGAGACUGAAGAAGAAGAAGACAACCAUAAAGAAGAACACUCUUAAUCCUGUCUACAAUGAAGCCAUCAUCUUUGAUAUUCCCCCAGAGAACAUGGAUCAAGUCAGCCUGCUCAUCUCGGUUAUGGAUUAUGAUCGGUAG